GACACCUACGCGGUGGACGCAAGGUGGGGACCCAUGGCGCUCGCCUGCGCCUCCUCGGCGCUGGCGUACGUCAUUCCACACUUCGCUGCCCCACCGAGAGUCAGUCCGUCGUCACACCGAGAAGGGCGCAAAGCUGAGCUGCUCGAAGCGGCUGAGCUCCUGCCGCUCGCUGGUGCGCUCGCUGUCGCGGCGCCGCUGCUGCUGCUAGCCGGGGAGCGGCGUGCGGCGGAGGGGCCGCUGCCGCCGACCGUGCUGUACCAGGCCGGCACGACGGCGGAGGGCGCCGAGCUGAUGGCUGCGCUCACCGCCAGCACCUUUCCGGCAGCAUGGCGGGAGGCGGUCGCCGCGCUGGACGGGCGGGCCACUCGCGCCGCGGCGGAGGGUAGCGGCAGCCUGCAGGGCCGCAUCGCUGCCGUGCAGGCGCUGGAGGGGCAGCGGCACGCUCUCGCCGACCUCCUCGCGGUAGCCGUCGAGCGGCAGCUCUCCGAGGCGCAGCUCUCGCUGCUGCCGUCGGCCGCCUCCAUUGCGCCCGCCGCCGGGCUGCCGCCGGACGCGUGCAGCCUCGUCAGGGUGAGCCAGCGCUUUCCGGGCCAGAGCGCGCGCCAGGUCAGAGCCUUUGUGGGCGAGUCUGCCCCGUCCAACGAGCCUAGCGUCAAUGGCCGCUUCGACCGGCUGCAGGCUGCGCGGCUGUACCAGGGCUGCAUCCAGUUUGGCUACUUUAUCGCGCAGGUCUUCCUCGGCCAGGCGCACCUCGCCAGCGGCCGGGAGCGCAUCUUGACGGUGAGGCGCGGCUGUCGGGAGCGGAGGCGAGUGCGCUCAAGGCGCCGACCCCGCCCAACGCCGGCAUCGAGCGCAGUACCAAGCAGCCCAAGACCGAGGCGGCGUGGGCGGCGGCCAGCCGCCGCGCGGGCGCCUUCUUUGCGCUGCCGAGGGAGGGCGGCGAGGGCAGCGAGGGCGGCUUUGGGUACGAGUCAUUGCGCGAGUUUACGGUCGGCGUUCAGGUCGUCGCCCCUGCGCAGCAAUCGGAGUUCUUCAACUCGCCGAGCGAGGGGGAGGCGGGCGGCGAAGGCGGCGGGUCGCGCGGACAGGGGGCUGAGGCUGGCGCUGGGGCGGCUGCUGUCGACGGCGGCGUCGCGCCCCUUCCGUCUGCUGAGUUUGUGCGCUUCAACGCGGCCGGGCUCCAGGCGCUGCUCGCAGAGGGGUGCCUCUUCGGCUGGAUGCUGUGGCAGGCGGAGGCCGAGGCGAUGGCAGUGCUGGCGGCCGCGCCAGAUGACGGCUCCGCGAGUGCGCGGACUGCGGAGGGGAGCUCGCUGCUGCUCACGCCGCCGGCCGCGCCGUGA